AUGGAAGCUUCCGAAAAGAAGUCAGAUCUCAAGAUGCCACUCGACCAAGAGAUCGAUCAGAACUCUGGCGAGAUGAACGACAUCACUGAAGUCGAGAAAAAGGUAUUGUCAAAAUUCGACAAGUUUGUCAUGCCGCAGAUGGCACUUCUUGUUCUAUUUGCAUACCUCGAUCGAACAAAUAUCGGAAACGCUCGUGUAUUUGGCUUCGAAGAAGACACAGGCAUGCAUGGAACCCAAUUCAACGACGUAUCUAUGUAUUUCUACAUCUCAUACGUCGUCUUCGAAACACCAUGGGUUCUCGCCGUCAAGAAAUUCGGACCUGGUCGUGUCCUCGCUAUUGCCAUAAUCAGCUGGAGUAUCAUCACUUUAGGAACUGGCUUUGUCAACAGCUACGGCCAAGUCGUCGCCUGUCGAGUUCUCCUCGGUUUCUUUGAGGCUGGUCUCUUCCCCUCUCUGACAUUCGUCGUCUCCCAGAUCUAUCCACCUGCUUCACAAGGAAAACGUGUUGCGGUUCUUUAUGUCUCCAUUGCACUCUCUGGAGCCCUCGGUGGUCUUAUUGCUUAUGGAAUCCAGUCAAUGGGUGCGCGACAUGGUUUGUCAGCUUGGCGAUGGCUGUUCAUCAUUGAAGGUGCUAUCUCACUCGUCAUCGGAGCCGUAUGCUGGCUCAGUCUCCCGACUUCUCCGCAAACAGCUUGGUUCCUCUCUGAAGAAGAGAAGUCAACCAUGAUUCUUAUCAAGGAGCGUAACCAUCCUUUCAAGGAAACCGAAGGCUUCUCAUGGAAGCAGGUUGUGAUGGCCCUCACUGAUCCACUCGUCUGGCUUGCUUCCGUCUCACUAUUCUGCGCUUCCAUUGCACUGUUUGGCUUUGGCACAUUCCUCCCCACUCUUCUCAAGGGCCUAGACUACACUUCCCUUCAAGCCAAUUAUCUCAGUAUCCCGGUCUACGUUCUGGCAUCAAUCUUCACUGCUGCCACCACUUAUGUCUCCGAUCGAUUGAACCGCCGAGCUAUCUGCCUCAUCCAUUCUCCGCUACUAGUCAUCGUCGGAUACUCCAUCGUCGUUGGUACGGGGCACAAGGCUGCGGGAUUCUUUGCCAUGUUCCUCGUCGGCGGUGGCGUCUACUCCUUCAACACUGUUUUGGUAACAUGGGUAUCCAACAACAUGCAGCCGGACUACAAGCGCUCCGUAGCAAUUUCUAUGCUCAUCUCACUUGCAAACGCAUCUGGAAUGGCUGCAUCGCAGAUCUAUCCUAUCAAAGAUGCUCCCCGCUACGUCAUGGGAAAUGCGAUUUCUCUCGGGGGAGAGGUCCUCGCGCUUGCCUGCGUCGGGCUUAUAUAUGCACUUCUAAAGUACCGCAUGCGACAGAAGGAGAAGUUAAUUGCAGAGGGUAAGGACAGUAACGGGAAGGAAGGAGAUCAGAGCUUGGAGUUUAAGUAUGUGUUUUAA